AUGAAGGCUCUAAUUCUCGUCGGUGGAUUCGGAACGCGUCUGCGUCCUUUGACGUUAACACUACCAAAGCCUAUGGUACCCUUCUGCAACGAGCCCAUGGUUGUGCAUCAAAUGACUGCCCUGGCUAAGGUUGGAGUUAAGCACAUCAUUCUGGCUGUCAACUACCGCGCAGAUAUCAUGGAGAACUUCUGUCGCCAGUACGAAGAAAGGCUUGGCAUAGAGAUCACCAUCUCACAAGAAACCGAGCCCUUAGGCACAGCUGGUCCGUUAGCUCUAGCAAGGGACGUACUUAAGGAAGGCGGAGACGAGUGCUUCUUUGUGCUCAACAGUGAUGUGAUCUGCGAGUUUCCCUUCCAGGACAUGCUCACCUUUCACAAGCAGCACGGCGCAGAGGGUACCAUUUUUGUCACCAAGGUAGACGAUCCUUCAAAGUACGGAGUGGUCGUCUCUAAGCCAAAUGGUGAGAUCAUUCAGUUUGUGGAGAAACCGUCUGUGUUCGUAUCCAACCGAAUUAACGCCGGACUGUAUCUAUUCGAGACAUCUAUGCUUGACAGAAUAGAGCUACGUCCCACGUCCAUCGAGAAAGAGAUCUUCCCGUUGAUGGCGCAUGACAGUAAACUCUUCUGCAUGGACCUCGAAGGCUUCUGGAUGGAUGUUGGACAGCCCAAAGACUAUCUUCUGGGCCUAGGUCUGUACCUGGGUGCGUGUAAACGUCACGAGCCAGAGAAGCUGGCGACUGGUGACCAUGUCGUAGGCAAUGUGAUCAUUCACGAAACGGCGACUAUUGGCGAGAACUGUGUCAUCGGACCGGAUGUGUGCAUCGGCAAGGGGGUUGUCAUUGAAGAUGGUGUCUGCCUGAAAAAGUGCAGUAUUCUGGAGAAUAGCACCAUCAAAUCACACUCGUGGAUCAGAGAGACUAUCGUCGGAUGGGGUUCUACUGUAGGUCGAUGGUGUCGGUUGGAUGGUGUGACAGUGCUAGGAGAGGACGUCAAUCUGAAGGACGAGAUCUAUGUGAACGGAGCCAAAGUGCUGCCCCACAAAUCCAUAUCAAACGAUAUCCCCGAGCCACAAAUUGUCAUGUAGUUU